GUACAAACAAAAUAAGGAUUAGUUGAAAAGUAAACCAAUGGAUAUAUUAAAGGCAGAAAUUGCUAGAAAAAGAAAACUUCUUGAAGAAAAAAAAGUGCUUGAUCCUAACAAGAAAUAUUUUAAACGUGGUGAAUUACUUGCAAAGGAACAAGAAGAAUAUUUCAAGAAGUAUGGUCAACAAAACGAAGUCACAGAAAAUGAAAAUAUUAAGAAUGAUAAAACGCAGAUAAUUAGCAAACAAGAACAGAAUGAGAUUGAUCAAUCAGAAUCCGUGACUUUACCAAGAACAGAAGUGAUUAAAAGACUAAGAGAAAGAGGCCACCCUAUAUUGGUGUUUGGAGAAAAUGAAGUGCAGUCAUUCAGAAGACUAAGAAGGAUAGAAAUACAAGAACCAGAAGCAAACAGGGGCUUACGCAAUGAUUUUCAAGAAGCUAUGGAUGAAGUUGACCAAGCAUAUCUCAAUGAAAUUUUAGCUCUCGGUACCCAGAGUGAAAGUGAAAAGUCUGCAAAAGAAGAUGCUAUGGAUGACCAGAUUACUUAUGAAUUUAUACAAGAAAUGGCCCAGACAAUGGGACAAGGGGACAGAAAUCAUGACAUGAAUGUCAUUAUGACUCUAUUGCAGUUUCUUCUCAACAUGUGGGGCCAACAACUGAAUUCUGCUACUGCUGCUGAAAAGACAGCUGUCAAACACAAAAUGACGCGUGCAACAUACACACAGACACAAGUGUAUUUGAGACCAUUGAUGAGGAAACUUAAGAAGAAAACUUUACCAGAAGACAUCUGUGACAGUCUCAUGGAAAUUACAAAGCACUUGUUGGAAAGAAACUAUAUCAUGCCAUUUCUUUGGAUGCCAGCGUUUAAUAAUAGCUACCCUAGUUGUCCCUUUGGCGGGCUAAUUUAACCCAAUGGACAAGAAAUCUGCAAAAUUUGGUCACUAGGGGCGCUGUAAUCGCUUGACCCAAAACUUUUAUCAAAUACAUACCUAUUAGCUAAUAUUCAUUUUUAAGAUUUUUACUAAACAAAUUACAAAUGCCGCAUUGUGCAGUUCUUGGUUGUUGUAAGAAAACUGCAUGCUUACAGACUAAAAUAUAAUUUUAUAUGUUUCUUUGAAAGGGGCGGUAAAACUGAGCUGCUGUUUACAUCAUGGUAUGUAUCUGGGGCAGGUAAUUGCAUUUGGAUGUCUUCAAUUUGAUCAGAAAAAACUGCACCAAAAUUAAAAUUUGCGGUCUUAUACCUAGAGACUGUAAAAAAACCCAAUGUUAUACUUCCCAUUUUAGCCCGAGGUAACCUAACUCUAUGAGAUAUCUGACUGAUGCAAAAAUAAGAUAGAUUUGACAAUUGAGCACGCCAAAAGUUACUAAGAUCCAUGAAUUAUUAAAAUAAUCAUGGAAAAUGCAUCUAUGUACCGAGAAUGAGAAUUCUAGCAAAAUCAUAGAAAGAGUACCUUUCUACUAGAUCAGCUUUUCUGCCGUGCAUAGAUGCUCCUCUCCUUUUCAACUCUGUUUUCAGCUUUAUUACAGACCAUGUUGAAUACAUCUUCACCACUUAUUUAAUAUAUUUAACAAUAAAAAAACACGUUCAAAAUUUGACAGCUGCAAUAUUCGGCUGUGGUUUGGGUCAAGCGUUUGCAGCGCCAUCUAUGUCGAGCUUUGCGUAUACUUCUCCAUUGCUGCGACAUAUCAUUAUUCAAUAAUAAAAUAGGUUUACUUUUAUAGUUCAGAAAUAGUUUUAACAUUUUUUUUUCUUUUCACAGGCAAGUGAUUCAUAUCUUCAAAUGGCAAUAGGAAAUGCCCCAUGGCCUAUUGGUGUCACUAUGGUUGGUAUCCACGCCCGUACUGGCAGAGAGAAAAUCUUCUCUAAGAACGUAGCGCACGUAAUGAAUGAUGAAACACAAAGAAAGUAUAUUCAAGCAUUGAAGAGACUUAUGACAAAGUGCCAGGAGUAUUUCCCCACAGAUCCUUCAAGAUGUGUCGAAUAUAGUACAACUAGCUAAUAAAAUAUUAAAA